GAUCAGUUUCCUGAGCUGAGUAACAGUCGGCAGAGUUCAGACAGGCUCACACACACUCUCUCACACACACAGCCACAAUGGCGAAGUUCCUGACCCAGGAUCAGAUUAACGAGUUUAAGGAGUGUUUCUCUCUGUAUGACCGCCAGCGAAAGGGGAAGAUUGAAGCCCGGGAGCUGAUCACAGUGAUGCGAUGUCUCGGGUCAAACCCCACUCCCUCCGAAGUCCAACGACACCUGAUGAGCCACACCAUAGAUUGGGGCGGAGAGCUGGAUUUCUCCAUCUUCCUGAGCAUCAUGCACCGGCAGCUCCAGCAGGAGGCGCCCGAGGAGGAGAUCCUGGAGGCCAUGAGGAUGGCUGACAAGGAGCAGAAAGGCUUCAUCCUCGCCUCUGAGCUGAGAGCCAAACUCACCGGGCUGGGAGAGAAGCUGACUGAUCAAGAGGUGGACGAGCUGCUGAAGGAGGCAGGAGUUGGACCUGAUGGACGGGUCCACUGUGAGCAGUUUGCCAAAGCGGUGUCUCGCUCCUGUGCAAAGCGCUGACGUCACAAACAUCAUCAUCACUGAGCUGCUACUCAACACUUUAGAUUUUAUGACAUGAAGUGACAGAAGUCAGUUACUGUAAGUUUAGUUUAAUAAUGUUUGUACCUCAGACACUGCUCCCCCAUGAAACCUGGUGCUGCAGUUUAUUUGACAAAUUCUCAGACAAAUCAGCUCCACAACAGCAGCUGCUACAGAAAUUAAAACCUUUGUGAUUUUAAUAGUUUACUUUGUGUGCACAGAAAAAAACCCUCUGCUCUCAUGAAGCACUGACAAGUUUUGUCGUAUACAAUU